AUGGCGACCAACGGAGUCAAAGCUGAGCCCACCAAGGUCAACAUCUUGGGCAAAGACUCGAUAGUCGUCGACUACGGACUGUGGCAGAGCUACAUUGCCGAAGAUCUGCUGCAAAAUAUCCCCUCGUCCACCUACGUCCUCAUCACCGACACGAACAUUGGCCCAACCUACACACCCACCUUCGAGCGCUCCUUCUCCGCCGCGGCUGCCUCGAUAGCCUCUUCCCCACGCCUCCUCACAUACACGAUCCCACCUGGCGAGACGUCGAAAUCACGAAGCACAAAAGCUGCCGUAGAAGAUUGGCUUCUGUCACAAGGAUGCACGCGCGACACGGUCAUCAUAGCCCUGGGUGGUGGAGUCAUAGGCGAUAUGAUCGGAUACGUUGCCGCGACUUAUAUGCGCGGCAUCAAGUUUGUGAACGUGCCCACCACGUUGCUGGCCAUGGUAGACUCGAGCAUUGGCGGCAAGACGGCCAUUGACGUGCCUGCGGGCAAGAACUUGGUCGGCGCAUUCUGGCAGCCCGAGAGGAUAUACAUCGACCUGCAGUUUUUGGAGACACUGCCCAAGCGCGAGGUCAUCAACGGCAUGGCUGAAGUGGUCAAGACAGCAGCCAUCUGGAACGAAGAGGAGUUCACAGCGCUAGAGGGAAACGCAGACGCCAUCCUCGCAGCCAUGGACCAGAAGACCACCGACGGGCGCAGAAACUUCGACAGCAUAGCCGGAAUACUGAAGAGAAUAGUCCUGGGCUCUGUGCGCGUCAAGGCAGAAGUCGUUUCAGCCGACGAGCGCGAGGGCGGGCUGCGCAAUCUGCUGAACUUCGGCCACUCAAUCGGACACGCCUACGAAGCUAUUCUCACGCCUCAAAUCCUCCACGGAGAGUGCGUUGCGAUCGGCAUGGUCAAGGAGGCGGAGCUGGCAAGAUACCUGGGAGUGCUCGACCCAUCCGCAGUCGCGCGCUUGACAAAAUGCAUCGCUAGCUACGGUUUGCCGACAUCACUGGCAGACAAGACGGUGCGCAGACGAUCGGCGAACAAACACUGCCCGGUAGACGAGCUCAUCAAGAUCAUGGCUGUAGACAAGAAGAAUGCCGGUGCGGUAAAGAAAAUUGUGCUUCUGUCCGGCAUCGGCAGGACGUACGAGAAGAAGGCGAGUUCCGUCGUGGAUCGCGACAUCAAAAUCGCUCUGUCGCCAAGCAUCUCCGUGCACCCCGGCAUUCCGUCCGACUUGAACGUGACAUGUACACCUCCUGGCUCAAAAAGUGUCUCCAACCGAGUGCUCGUCCUGGCAGCGCUCGGCACUGGUUCGUGUCGGAUCACCAAUUUGCUCCACUCAGAUGACACCCAAGUCAUGCUGGACGCACUCGCGAAGAUGCAGGGUGCCAGCUUCUCCUGGGAGAACGAUGGCAAGGAAUUGGUCGUUACCGGCAACGGUGGCCAGCUGAAGGCCUCGAGCAACGAGCUGUACCUUGGCAAUGCUGGUACUGCAGCGCGCUUCUUGACAUCGGUGACCGCUCUCUGUCAGGCCCAGGAGGGUGUUACAUCAACUGUGGUGACUGGCAAUGCGCGCAUGAAGGAGCGCCCUAUCGGCCCGCUAGUCAAGUCGUUGCGGACCAUGGGCAUUGAUGUCGACUACCAGGAGAAGGAGGGUAGCCUGCCCCUACGUAUCUCUGCUUGUGGCGGCUUCGGUUCUGAAGCGUUCAGCGGUGAAAUUGAGCUAACUGCGAAUGUGUCGUCGCAGUACGUCUCUUCUAUUCUCCUGAGUGCGCCUUACUCCAAGAAGCCAGUAACACUACGACUCGUGGGUGGCAAAGUCAUUUCGCAGCCAUAUAUUGACAUGACCAUCGCAAUGAUGGCAUCCUUUGGUGUACAGGUUAAGCGUGAUCAGAGCGACCCCAACACCUACCGCAUUCCCAACAAGCCGUACACCAACCCAGCAGAAUACGUCGUCGAGAGCGAUGCUAGCUCGGCGACUUAUCCACUUGCCAUUGCAGCAAUCACCGGCACUACAUGCACGGUACCAAACAUUGGUUCAGGCUCACUCCAAGGCGACGCACGCUUCGCGAUUGAAGUACUGAAGCCCAUGGGUUGCAAGGUCGAACAAACCAAGACCUCUACUACUGUAACAGGCCCGCCUCGUGGAGAGCUCAAGGCCGUGAAAGAGAUUGACAUGGAGCCCAUGACAGAUGCCUUCCUGACUGCAUCGGUCCUGGCUGCGGUAUGCUCAUCAAACGGCACUUCGACGACCACGCGUAUCUACGGUAUCGCAAACCAGCGUGUCAAGGAAUGCAAUCGUAUCCAAGCUAUGGAAGACGAGCUUGCCAAGUUCGGCAUCACGUGCAGACAGUUCGAUGAUGGUAUUGAGGUCGAUGGGCGUGGAUAUCAGCUGGAUGCACCUAAAGUCGGCAUCCACUGCUACGACGAUCACCGUGUAGCAAUGAGCUUCGGCGUACUUGGUUUAGUCGCACCCGAGCCCGUACUCAUCCUUGAGAAGGACUGCACAGGCAAAACGUGGCCGGGAUACUGGGACAUCUUAAACCAACAGUUCAAGGCUGAGCUUACUGGUGUAGAGCCACCGCAGCAAUCUCAUGGUAAGAAGAUCACAUCAAAAGGCCAGCAAAAGUCCAUCUUCAUCAUUGGAAUGCGUGGAGCCGGCAAGACAACAGCUGGCGGCUGGGCAUCACGAGCUCUCGGAUGGCCACUCAUCGACUUGGACACAGCUUUGGAGCAGCACAUGAGCAUGACCAUUCCCGAGAUCAUUAAAACCAGCGGCUGGGACGGAUUCCGCAAAGCCGAGCUCGAACUUCUCCAAAGGACGGUCAAGGAGAAACCUACAGGCCACAUCUUUGCAUGUGGUGGCGGUAUUGUGGAAAUUCCUGAAGCGCGAAAGAUCCUUGUGGAUUAUCAGAAGAGUGGGGGCAUCGUGCUGCUUGUCUCGCGAGACAUCAACAAGGUUGUCGAGUUCCUGCAAAUUGACAAGACACGACCCGCGUACGUUGAGGACAUGAUGGGUGUGUGGCUAAGGCGGAAGCCGUGGUAUGUGGAGUGCAGUAACUAUCGCUUCCACAGUCAAGCCGCUGGAUCCAAGGCGUUGGCACACACGCAGACUGAGAUUGGGCGCUUCCUCAACAUCAUCACUGGAAGAACUUCAACACUGCAGGACAUCAAGAAGAAGAAACAGUCUUUCUUUGUGUGUCUGUCUGCACCGAACCUUGAGCCUUGCGCAAAAGAUCUGCCCGAGAUCGUCGUUGGCGCAGAUGCAGUCGAGCUGAGAGUUGACUUGCUCGAGGAUCCCGAAGGCUCAGAAGGCCUGCCUACGCCAGAAUUUGUGAUUGAGCAGUUGACGAUUCUAAGAAACGUCACAACCAUACCAGUCAUUUUCACACUGCGAACGAAGGCGCAGGGUGGCAAGUUCCCUGACGAGGCGUAUGCUGAGGCUCGAUCGCUGUACCAAUCCGCGAUACGGCUUGGCUGCGAAUUCGUGGAUCUGGAGAUGACAAUGCCGGAGGAGGUACUGCGUGAAGUCUCGGAAACGCGCGGCUUCACAGAAAUCAUCGCCAGCCACCAUGAUCCAAAGGGCGAACUCAGCUGGACCAAUGGCUCGUGGAUGAAAUACUACAAUCGCGCACUGCAGUAUGGAACCGUCAUAAAGCUGGUGGGCGUGGCAAAGUCACUACAAGACAACUUUGCGCUGGCAGAGUUCAAGAGCUGGGCUGAGACAGCGCAUCCCACCCCGCUCAUUGCGAUCAACAUGGGCGAGCACGGUAAGCUGAGUCGCAUAUUGAAUGGAUUCAUGGCACCUGUCUCGCAUCCGCUGCUUCCAUCGGCCACCGCACCAGGCCAGCUCUCCGCUGCUGACAUCCGUCGCGGGCUGUCAUUGAUGGGUGAGAUUCCGACCAAGAAAUUCUGCAUUUUUGGCUCGCCCAUAUCGCAAAGCCCCAGCCCACGUCUGCACAACCGCUUGUUCCGCGAGACAGGGCUGCCGCACACAUACGGUCUGCACGAGACAACUGACGCAAGCUCGAUUCGCGACAUUAUCCGAGCACCAGAUUUUGGCGGCGCAAGCGUGACAAUCCCUCUCAAGCAGGAUGUUCGCCCGCUAAUCGACGGUGUCGGCCCUGAAGUCGAGGCCAUCGGUGCGCUUAACACGAUUGUACCUGAGGUAUCUAUCGAUGAAAGCACUGGCAAGGAAAUCACACGUCUGAUCGGGCGCAACACGGACUACCUCGGUAUGAUUCUUAUUCUUCGCAACACUGGCGCACACGGUGUAGGCGCUGGACUGGUCAUCGGCGGCGGCGGUACUAGUCGUGCGGCCAUCUAUGCGCUCAAGGAAAUGGGCUACGGCCCGAUCUAUCUCCUUGGUCGCAACGCUCACAAGAUCGAAGCUCUGAAGAGUGACUUCCCGUCUUCCUACAACUUGCAGGUCAUCACUUCACCCGAGCAGGUUUCUUCUCUGGACGCCAUGCCAACCGUCGCUAUUGGCACUGUUCCAGCGGACCAGCCCCUCGAUCCAACUAUUCGCGAGACGCUCUGCGCAUUCUUCGAGAAAGCUAAAGACGUAAAGACGGAGCGUGGCGAGGAGAGGAUCCUGCUUGAGAUGGCCUACAAGCCACCGGUCACGGCGCUCAUCCAGUUGAGUCAAGAUGCUGGGUGGAAGACCGUGAACGGGCUGGAGGUACUCGUUGGACAAGGCGUGCAUCAGUUCGAGUACUGGACGGGCGUAAAACCGCUUUACAGCGUUGCGAGGCUCCAACUCCUCUCACACCAUAGGCUCCCCAGAUACUCCCACCUCAACUCAAACUACUCCAACCAUUCCGCGCACUGCAGCACAGUCCCCGCCAAAACAAGCAUCCUCCCAUACCAUCGGCCGCUCUACACUCUCGCCUUCGUCAUCAAGCUCCAUGGCCUCGUCGCACACUGUCGGACGCUCCGCGACGCCUUCUCCUUCUCCGUCUUCCUCACAUACUCUUGGUCGCUCGGAGAUUGGUGA